GAGGACUGACAGCACGAGAGUGACACACAGAGUGACACACACAGGCCCAGCACUGACUACCAGUACCAGUACGAGAGCGCCUUGCCACAUCCUCAAAGUACGGAGCCGCGCCACAAGGGGAGAUCAUCGCGCGUCUGUUGGAAACAGGAAAGGUGGAAUGCUCUGUCUUCACCAUCACAGCCAGUGGUCAGUCACAAUAAACAGAGAGUGUCGCACCCCUCGCUUAUCUCUUCACAGUUUUCUCACCAGCGGUUUGGAGUUGGCUACACCUCGCGCAGAACAACAUGGCUUUGUUUUCAGCAGAGUUGUUCCCCACGAAACUGAGUUUUGUUGUGUUUAUAUCUUACAUGGGUUUAUUCAUAAACCAAGGUGGUCAACUGGUGCAGGCCUUCCAGGCAGACAGUGUCAUGUCCAUCAUGCGGCCGGGGGUCCUGGCCAUCAUCGCCAACAACGCCGCCAUCGGCAUCGUGACCAGCCUCUUCCUGCGUAACCUCAACUCCAUCCUGAAGACGUUUGCCAGCGCGCUGGAGCUCAUGUUCACAGCCGUCCUGUGCUGGCUCAUCUUUGGCAUCCCCGUGGACGUGUACACGGCCGUAGCUAUCCUCAUUGUGAGCGCCGCCACCUACCUCUACGCCCAGAACCCCGUGGUGAACAAAGCCAAGACGGAGCUCACACCCACGGAGCGAGAGAAAAACGGGACGUCCUUGGGGACAUCGCUGGGGUCACCACGGGGCUCGAAGCUGGCGCAGUCUGUCUGAUGGGUGGUUGGUGGCUGUGUUGGCAACUGAGGAAUGAUUCUGUCUGUCUAUAUUUGUGUGUGUGUGUGUAUGUGCGUGUGUGUGUGAGUGUGUAUGGGUG